AGUGGCUAGUGGAGCUGCCUACAGGAAGAUGGUGUGAUGUGUUUUAUAGGUGUGUAUGGUGCUCUGUGUUGGGAGGGAAGACAACAGGGUAGGAGAGGCAGAGGCAGUGCACCAGAUGAGAGGAUGCCCCUGUCCCCGGCAGCAGCCCUCACUGACCAUCAAUCACCCAGGGCCAUUGUGGUCCUGUCCAGGGUAGCCUACGGCACAGCCACCCAGCCCAGCCACCCAGCCAGUCAGGCAGAGGAGAGGAGAGAGGGGGCAGGGAGCUGUAGCCUGCAGGGAGAAAUUAAGGGGGAAAGAAUGGCAGCUGGGGAACAGCCUCCUUCGUGUCCCCAUCCCCAGCCGGCACUGCUGGGCUUGGGGGCAGCUCUACUCUCCUUCUGCAUCUCCGCUGUGCUCUCCCAGGUCCCGGAUCCAGAGCUUUUACCGACAGAUCCCCCAAAGAAGCCAGACCCAGUCACUUCAGAAACAGUCGUAUUCUGGGGACUGCGGUUAUGGCAGGUCAUUGGCAUCUUCUCUAUGUUUAUUCUAGCAGUCAUCAUCACCCUAUGCUGCAUCUUCAAAUGCCGUAUCCCCAGGACGAAGAAGGAGAUUGAGGCGCGACAUGCUCAGAGAGUAGCAGCUAAGGACUACGCCAACACACUGGAGACUGUGCCUCCUCUCAACGAGCUCACAGAGAUCCCAGGAGCUGUAGUUGUGGAGAAAAAAGAAGAGGUGACAACAAUCUCAGGAAAAGUGGACGGUGAAAAGGGGGAAAAGAAGACCAAGGAGAAGAAAGAGGGCAAGGGUGCCAAGGAGGGAAAGGAUGAUGAAAAGGAGGGAUCUGCUAAGAAAAAAGGAGAAAAAGGGGAAAAGGGGGAAAAAGGGGGAGGGAAGAAAGGAGGAGGUGAUAAAGAAGGAGGUGCAAAAGGAGGUGCAAAGGGGGGAGCCAAGAAACCUCCUGCGAAAAAGUAAACACUGGGUCUGAAACAUUAAUUGUGCUAAAUAACUUUUCAUAAGUAAUUUUUUUACGUUGUCGAUUUUGUAUUAUUUUUUUUGUAAAAAUGAUUGUAUAUAAUGAGAAAAGUACAUAUUAACUAUAAAAAAAUCUUUCAACUGUAUUUACAUACAUUGUUCUUGAUCAACAAGAACAUAAUUAGUAUGUGAUUGGAUUCAUGUUGCAAAUUCAAUGAACACUUAAUCUACAGUAGAAUUCUACAUUUUAAUGUCUUAUUCACAAUACAAUGAUGAACAUCUUAAACCCAAGUUUACAUUUACAACAUUGACUUCACACAACCGACAUGGAGUGAAAUCAACCAGGUAUGGUGUCCUAUUUCAAACACAAAACAGUCACACCCUCUCCACACAUGGCAUAUACAGUAGACUAUUAAUACAAAAUACCAACUCCUAUCUCUCUGAGGACAGAUACAUUUGCAAUAUGUGAUAAAUAAAAAACUAUGAAAAUAUCAUAGGGGAUUGUAUAUACUUCCAUGAGAGGUAAUAAAAAAAAUGUGUACAAUAUUAGCUCUGUAAAGUAAUGGCCUUUUUACAUAUUGAAUUCAAAAACACAAUCACUUUACAUGACACAAUCAAUAGGAAAUGGAAUAGGGUAUUAAAGUGUGCAAAAAUCUACAAAUGUUUGUUUGAAAUUAUGUUUUCCUAUCAACACUGGCUCUAGCGUCGCCCCCUCCACAGUUAAAGCCCAGACUAAAGUCUCAUUCCAACCGUGAAGCACGGGGGUGGCAGCAUCAUGCUGUGGGGGUGCUU